AUGAACAAAACAGGCAUGAUUAAGUCAAAAAUAGACCAGUUCCUGAAUAUAAUAGCCGAUCGCAAUAGCAGUCUUCAAAAACAACAGGAAGCUGCGAAAGCAUUUAUCGCAUCUCUUGGAAAUAAAAAGUUCCUGAAUAUAAUAGCCGAUCGCAACAGCAGUCUUCAAAAACAAAAGGAAGCUGCGAAAGCAUUUAUCGCAUCUCUUGGAAAUAAAAAGGUAAAGCAAGCAACACAAAAGAUAUACAACGAUGUCGAAGCCAUACAGGAUAUUGCUAUGAUGAUUCUAAACAAGACCGAAGAUGCCUUUGCCCCACUGCUUGGCCCCAAUAUAACGAUGGUACGAACUACAUACUUUGCUAUAGUAGAACAAAUUGGUAGCCAAAAUGAGAAAAGGGUUUUUAAAAAGCUUGCAAGAAAGUGAGA